UUCUCCACCGACACGUCUUCAGCGAUGGACCCGUGCUGAUUCUGCAGCCUGGCAAAACAUGCCGCGACGUCGCGUUUCUCGUCGGUGAUUCGAAACGAGCUUGACAAUCCAGUGGACUCGAAGCAGAACGCGAAGGGCUGAUCGCGAUGUCGCUGUGACUCGCAUCCCAGAGAACCUCUGAUCCAAUUAAAUCACCGCCGAAGUAAAUACUUCGGUGCUACGAUGGCCAUGGUCGAGUCGAGGGGCGAGACAAGGGUCGUGACAGUUUGACAAUAAUUUUGGAGGAAGAAUCCUUGUCCAGCGAAGGUCCAAUCAAGCAUCUUUAAAAAUGGGCACCAGAUUCGCAGCCUAUUCGUCGAAGCUGGUCAGCCUUCACGAUCAUUACCAGAGACUGCUACAUGGCAGUCAACCCGUGCCUGCGGGCUAUGAUAUAGCGAACACGUUGAAAUACUUCUCUCAGACUCUGCUAUCGUUGCUGAAGGAAGUCCGCGAAGCCCCCUUGGAGAUGAUCAAGUCCCAGAAGCUCGACGCGGAACGCAUGGCGCUGUAUCCGAAUUUGGACUACAAGCAGCUGUACAAUACUCUGACUCAGCUGAUGGACGUUGUUCCGUCCAUUCAUAUCGGUUUGCAAGCGUUCGGACAAGCGUUGCUCCAAUGUCUGGCGUGUCUCCUGCCGUUCCUCGAUCACGAUCUGAUCGACAACGUACCGUACUUAACAGCGAGUUCAAUCUUGGUGCUUCCGGUGGAGCUUCACCAGGACAUCGUCAAUUACCUCUGCUUUUAUAUCUUGCCAUUCACGAUCACGAGGAAGACGGAGGAUGGUGUGGAGAACGCGGCCAGUCAAUCAAUAGCAGCCGUCAUCAUGAUGAUCUUCCAAUAUUCCAGUAAUCCAGCUCACCAUAGACAAUUGCUAGAGUGUUUAAUGGCCGUAAAGCCGGGCGUGGUGAAAGACAUCCUCUGCGUGGUGGCUUACGGAACAGCGCCGGCUAGAGCUUCCGCCGCGAAAUUGCUGUUCUACUAUUGGCCCUCGUUCAAUUUGGACCUGUUCGAUCGGAGAGCGGUUCUCAUGAAGACCACGUACGACGUAACGCCGUUCGUGUGCCAAAGGGACACGUGUCCCAAUCCCGGAAACGCGACGGCAGGUAAAGUCUGCUACGAUCACCGGAUAUCGAUCACAUUCGCCGCAGAGAAACCGCCGCCUCUGUACCUCUGUAUCGAGUGCGCGAACGAAAUCAACAGAGAGCACCCUAAUCAAAUGUUUUACGACAUGUUGCACCCCAUGCAACAGGUGUCCAUGGUGUGCGAGAUCAAGAAUUGCAAAGCGAACGACAAGACGGCGAUCAGCGUCUGUUUCUCCACGGAGUGCGCGAGCUCGAACUGGAAUCGUCCGAUCCGUCACUGUCAGCACUGUCACGAGCAUCGUCACAACAACGGUUGCGGCACCGAUCACGUGUACCACAUGGCGUUGCCGCACAUGUCCAAACUGGACUCCCAAACCCAGACCUACCUGGUCCAAGCGAUCGUCAGCCUGCUUAAGGAAGCUGAACCGCUAAGUAUGGAUAGUAACCGAGAGAUCUCGGAAAUAAGUACUAAUAAGGGCAGCACAGGAUUCCCAGGAAGCAGCGGCGGCGGUUCCGGUGGCAGCGGCGGACCAGCCGACCCGUCGAGUCUGGAGGAGAGGCAGCUGCUCGGGCGAUUCGGUGUCUGGCUGCUGGUGGGACUUUGCACGCCGAACCAGGACACAUCCGUCGAAAUUCUCGGGCGUUUAUUGUCAAUGCUAUUUCAUUGGUUUCAUGUUACUGCCUACUCAUUCGAUGGUACUGAAAAAAGCCUUAUGCAUCUUAUCUUUUCUGUUGGCCAAGCGGAGAGCGCGCUGGAAAAGCUGAAGACGGAGUGUGUCUGCGGUUGGCUAGCGAGAGUGAUGAAGUCGCACUACGAGGUGUUCAUAUCUUGCCUGUUGCCGCAUCCAGCAGACUAUGUACGCGUUGGGGGACACUGGGAGACGCUAGCCUCGAGAACAUCGCACCUUAAAGACGGACUGAACCGUCUCUUCUGUUUGGUCCCUUACGAAGUGAUUACACCGGAUGUCUGGGACUACGUGAUGCCACAUUGGAUGGAGGCCAUGGUGAACGACGUACCUGAACACGAGCUUCACGAAUUGAAAAUGAUCCUAUGCAAAAUAUUGGACCGCGACAUGAGUCCGCUGGGCUUCGACACGAAAAAGAUGUACAAUUUCGUGGCGAAGCGGUUCGUCAACACCUGCGCGAAGGUGCAGGAGCAGGCGUUGAACUGGUUGCAGACGUUGACCAUGCUGGAGAUCAGCAUUCCUCUCUGUCAACUGUUCUCGAUGUUCAGCGACGGCGUGGCUGUGAUGGGCGCCAUGAAUUCCUCGGAAUCCGGUCAAAAGCCUACCAAAGGAUCGAAAAGGGAGGACGAGGACGGGAACGCCAUAUUCGUAGAAAAUGAGUCGGGAAAAUCGACGCCGUUGUCCGACGACCUGGCUCCAACACCUAGACACAUGGAAUUCAUGACGAACGCGGAACUGAACCUGUCCUGUUGCAUCCUCAUGCUCGAUAUAUUAUUGAAACAGAUGGAGCUGCAGAACGUGGACAAGCACACGGGCAUCAACACGUGGGUGUGUAGGGACGCGUGCCACCUGAUGAAGUCGAUCGUCGCCUCGAACUGGAACAGCUGUCACGUAUGCAGCUCGGACAGCGACGGUGCCGAGUGCACUUACUGCGAAUCCAGGGUGAUCUGGCAUCAGCUCUGCCUGCAGUUGGUCACCUACAUGGCACCGGAAAAUCCAGCUUACCCGCCUGACAAAAUCGUGGACGAGUCGGCGGAGGAACACGGGAGGAAGAGUCCCGAGAGUUCAAGGAAAGGGGAUUCGAAAUCGAACGUGGUGAUCAGCAUGCAGGUACCGGAAACGCAUUCCGUCAGCGGUGUCCUGGCGAACAUGCCUCAGAUCAUGACAGCCACUGUAGACACUGUUUCGGAGCAGCUGGACCUCGCGGCCAUCUUGCCCACGGAGAAGGUGAUGUCAGCGGUCGCGAGGGCUGUCACGCUAUCGGAAACCGAUGUAGGUACUGCAACGGUGAGUGUGGCCAAACCGCGAUUAAUCGGGGAAAACGACCAGCCGUUGAAUCUGAGUCCUGAGAACGAAGACGUGGACUUCUGGCACACUUCCGUUGGAAAGUUCCGGUUCAAGAUCGAAGACCUGCCCGAGCAACUCCAAUACAUACACAAACUCUUGAAGGAAAUAUUGACGGUCGACAAGCCAGACAUCCUCUACUACAUGCUCCAAUGCCUAAACGUGAUGUGCCUGUACGGCGACGCGUUCAACAUAGCGGUGAAGGAUCACCGGGGAUUCUUCACGUGGUGUCAAGAGAAUCUCUUGAUCAAAAACCUAUGGGGUCUCCUGAACGCGGAGCAUUCGCAUAUAGCGCAGAUCACGGUGCCGUUGUUACUUCAUUGCGUGACGUUGCCUUGCGGUACCGACACGUUUUGGCGGCUGAUCGAAGAAGAGUUUCACGAUUCCGAUUGGCGUGUUCGGUUCGUCGCAGUCGAAAGGGUGACGUUGAUAGCGAGGUUCAUGGAUUCGACGCCGCUGAGGAACGUGACGAGCUUGCAGGCGGCAUUGGCGAACGCGUUCUGCUAUCUGAUCGUGAGCAUGGACGACAGCAACGUUUACGUCGCUCAGAGGGCCACUUUGUUCCUCGGUACCAUUCACGACACCGCUAUGAGAUCGCUGAUACUCUGCUUAGAGACUCAGUUUGAUACUGUGAUAGUGGACCGACCUAUGGUGCUCCAAUCUCUUUAUCAGCUUCACAACAGUCUGAGCGACAGACACAUACUGACGUGGGAGUUCUUCUUGAACCGUUUCGACGCCCUUUUCCUCGCGGCCCAGAUCAGCUUGGAGAGGUCCGGGGAUAUUCCUUAUCCACGCGACUUGAGGAACACAGAUCUGAACAGCGAGAUCUUUAUGAAGAAGCUGCACAGGGCUCAAGAAGCUUUGUCGCAGAUAGACGGCAGCGGCUCGAACUCGAUAAAGACACUGAGCGCCAGCUUCGGCACGAAAUGGCCCUACAAACGCACCAUGUCCGCGCCUGCAUCGAUGAUUCCCCGACAGGACACGAAGCAAGAAAAGGAAAAGGUGUACAGCCGGCAAUACUCGGCGCCUAUCCUGAAGCGCAAGAGCUCCAGAUUCGGACUGGGUCAGUUGCUGGGGUCCACCCCACCUAAUAACAGUAUACCAGAUGGCCACGUCCACUCGCUCAACAUGGUCGACGAAACUAGCGCGUUGCCAGGCUGCACUUCUAAGAUCAUCGACUUCGAAGAGUCCGACAAGGAGACGAUGCAUUUAUUGGUAUUCCUCCUGAUGCAAUUUCUCUCGAGGCAGGAUCAGGCCUAUCCGACGGACGAGAAACCAUUGUCAAAGACGCAAGGGAUCGUUCUGCGACACUUGUACCUUUUGCUAGGCUACAAUCAGAUCGAACGGACCUUUCAUACUUCUCCUCAACGUCUAAGGGUCUCCCCGGUGUUCAACGUGUUCAUCGCCAAUCUCCCUCAGCUUCUGGACCAGAAUCACGUGAUGGGCUGGGUGAUGACACCGCCGGUCCUCGCUAUUUUGCAGCACUCUCCCUGUCCACCUCAAGGAGUGCCAACCACCGAUCAUCAAGCACCAACGUAUAGCCUCUGGUACCUCGAGCCCCACAACAGACGCUCUUGGCUGAUGUCUCUUUUGGUGAUCCUCUAUAAGUGUCAGUAUAGCCAACAACCGUGGUGCAGCCAGUUGCAGGUGGUAAUCAAGAUAGUGCUGAACACGUUGGACAUGCAGCACCAUCAGUGCAAGAGGAUCCCUGCUACGGUGGUGAUGGGCGCUCCGCCCUCUAGAUCACGUGAUGUAUCGCAACCGUCUCUCGGCGUGGACCACGACCUAGCAGUGAACACAAUAGGAGAAAUGAACACGGAGAGUCCUCCGAUAAGGACACCCCUGUUCUCGGUGCACCAAAGAAGCCCCGGAGCGACUCACAGUCAGAUGGAGACGCACUGGGAGGAGAGCACGCCGAGCUGUCGUUACAACAACAAGCAUUCCAGCUACUCGAUCAAUGCGGAUGAUACGGAGUCCGAGCUGGCCGCAAUACCCGAGAGCCCAAAUUCUGACAGCACCUUACAUGGCAGCAGUGGUGGCUCGCUCGGCGAACUGGAGGAAAGCCCGAACGCCGUGACCAGGAGCGUCUCCCUGUACGGGCCCAAAGCCUCGACCACGUUCGACGUCGGGAGUCGGAUCGACUGGGGUCAGCAUCUCAGCAGGAAGACGGAUUUCAGCAGGCCCACUUGGUUCUUGGGGAACGACGACGAUUNUCUCGAUCGACAGACAUCGAAAGGAACCCAGAAGAAGUGGAGCGUCCAAGAGGGUGUGAAGAUGAUGGUGACGGGCUCAUUCCUGCCUGGCCAGGCGAAACCCUUGUCGGAAAAAUUCCUGGAGAAAUCGACGCCGGAGAAGGGGAUCCUCGAGAGAACGAUCACGGAGAAGCCAGUGUGGCAGAAAGCGAGUCAAGAAAGAAACAUCACCGUGCAAGUAGCUUUCAACGGGGAGACCGCGUCAUCAAAGCCCUUCCCGAUGUCUACAGCUUUUGCUACUAGUACAUCAACGCCUCUGCCUCAAAAACAAGACGUGCCAGCGAAGGAGAAGCUGCCGGCUUCCAGCAAUUCCGACUCGCCGACCUCGAAGCAUUUGAGCCGCCAGAAGCGUAUAGAACAGACAGUCACCGUAGCUUCACCGGUGUCCCCGGGUCAGGUGGUCACAGUGACGAGCAGCGAUCAGUCGAGUUCACCAGCGGUCAGCUCGAUCUCCUCUCAGAUCACCAGCACCGAGAACGGGCAGAAUCCUAGCUGGAUCGACACUCCUCAGCCGUUAACAACUCCCACUGUAGAGAGACUGUUGCCUAUCGGCACAACCAGUCGUCCUACAGGUCCCAGGCCCACCCAACGUAUCCUGCGCUGCGAGGACACUUACGGAUCCCCCGAGUCGCCGCUGUCCAAGAUGGACGUGCUGACAGUUAGUUCGUCGUUCGACCAGAACAGCGAGACGUGCACCAGCGUGAGCGACACCGCGAGUCCCAGAAGCAUCUCUCAGCUGGAAUUACCGAAGCCUGAACGAUUGCUGCCGGUCGGGUCGCAGGGCACUUGCGAGUUCAGUACUUUGGUCAAGCAUGUUCAUCAGGCGCUCAAUCUUCACGAGAUAAACGAUUCGAACAUCUUCAGCAACGGGACUGCCAAAGGGAAAGAUGCUGCAUCGCUGCCGGUGAAGCAAGACAGUACAGCGUCCGAUAACGUGUCAGCAUCGUUGAUACCGACAUCGAACGAGGUCCACUCGAGCAGGUCCACAAGCCCGAGGAGAUUGACUAAGCAAGUAGCCUUGGAAUCACCGUCGAUGACUAUAGAGUCCUUCGAACAUGAUCGAAAGGCGAAGAUGAAGGAGCAUGUUCGGAUUCAACGCGACAAUUCAGGGAGAGCACCACCAUUCAACAUGCCUGACGGGCCUACUACGAGGCACACCGACACAUGGUCUGGACCCCAAUUGCAGAGUAACUUCGACAACGUCUCGCAACCUUAUCGCGCUGACUCGACCAUGAAGCACAGCCUGUUUCGCAUUGGCGAUGACUGCAUUUACGAGAGGUGCUCGGAAUGUGGAACACUGAAGGAGGAGUAUUCCGACGAGGAGCUCGGCCUCUGCAUCAUUAACCUGGGAACGUUCAUUCAUCGCGAACCGUCCCUGGCUGCGCCACUUUUACCAGAAAUCCUAAGAGUAGUGACCAAAGUGGCCCUAAACGCGAUGUACCCCUGGCAAAGCGAGACCAACAUGCACCUGCCGGGCGGGGCUAUCAGCGUGGCGCACCAGUUCCUGCGAUGCGUUCUUCAUCAGCUAGCGCCUAACGGUGUAUUCAUACAGAUGUUCCAGACGCAUUUGAAUGAAUCCACGAGAAUGCAGUUUUUCAAGAGCGUCGCUCAGGCCUUGGUCGAUUUCAACGAACUGAAUCCAAUUGCGCCUUUGCAAUUGUUACUCGAGGCCUUAAACGCGAAAAAGUCGUUGCCAACGGAACGUCUGCCGGUGAUACUCUACAACAUAGCCUGCUACCUGGACUGUCUGCCAUUGGAGGCAGGUCUUGGACCAGGUGCGACGACCUGGAGCGGCCUGUUAACGCAAUUCGACAACCUGUUUCGAAGGCUGGUGCUGAUGCUGUCCUCUAUCGAAGACACCACACCUCUGCUAAGGAUCAUGAUUUCUUUACUGAAGGUCCCAGGAAUUCAGCAAUCGAAGAGUAUGCUGGACCCAUUCGCUAAAGUGCUGAGUUACGCCAUACAGAACUCCACAAUAAAGUACAGCUACCUGACAGAUCUUUGCCACCUCUGCCACAGAAGCUUCACUCGAGAUAGGGACAAACACUCCUUUGGCAGAACAAUAGUGUUCGAGCUAGUUCAGGCCAUCAAAUUCAAGACCACCCUACCCGACACUAAUUUCCUGUUACUCUUGCACUUCGUGCUUCAGGACAUCGGAGGAUCGCUGCCUAACACAAUCGCACUAGACAACAUUCAAACCGACAUAUCACCGAUUUACAAUACGAACGCUUCGGAGUCUCUGAAGACUCAGCUGACAGAUGUGCUGGACUUCCUAGCCGACUUUCACACCUUGAGCAAAGUGAAGAGUUACAGCAAAGGGAUGCAGGCAGGAUUGAACGAAGACACCCUGGGUGGGAUACUGAAAUGCGGAUUGGCGCAGUACGUGGCGCUGGAGAUUUCGAGGGGUAGUAAUAGGGAAAAUAGAGCAGUACUUCGACACUUGCCGUGGCUUACGACCGCUCCAUCCAUGAUGCAGCAAGGAGCCCGCGAGUACGUGGACUGCAUAGGACACAUCAGACUGCUGUCGUGGCUCCUGCUGGGCUCCCUCACGCACACAGCCAUGUUCUCCGGCAACUACAACGCCUACAACCACGGGCCAUCGAUCCCAAUAGCGCAACCGAUACCUCAAGAAGUGUCCUGUUACGUCGCCGAUCACGUGCAAGUGAUAUUCUCCACAUUCCCCGAACAGUCCAAAGAAUCUAAGACGUCUGUUCUGCACAUGUCCUCCUUGUUCCACGCUUUCAUACUCUGCCAGCUAUGGACCAUGUACCUCGAGGAACUGUCGAAGAACAACCCAUCGAACAGCGAGGGUCACAACGUCACGAUGAACAUUCUGUUAGAGUUCUGGGGGAAAAUAACACCCUGCAUAUUGCAACUAGUUAGCUAUUCGAGAGUACUGGCCGAGAUGGUGAAUUUACAUUUUCUGAGUCUACUAGAAGCUCUUCUCGAGUGUGGCUCCAUUUUGCUCAGCAAGUUACUACCACUUUGGAGCCCAAUUUUAUAUUCCCAUCAUGUACAGUUGCCUGGUCAUUUGCAGGUGCGUCUACAGAACUGCAGGGACUUCCCACCGAGCAAGAUGGCGUCGGAGAGUUUCGUCUCGUCCAAGCGAGAGUCUAACGCGACGCUUUUAAGGUGGCUGCACCGGCUGCAGUUCAAAAUGGGGCAAAUCGAGAUGCAGUCUUCCACGGCCACGUUACAGUUCUACUCGAUUUAGAAGAAAGAGAAGUUCUCGUUUAGCUGGUCAGAGAGUAUUUUAUAUAUAUAGAGUAUCUGAGAAGAUGUUGUACGUUGUAUCGUUUGUGAUGAAUGUUAGCGCGUGAUCGUACUUUAUCAAUUGUUACGAAAUAUAUUUAUUAUGUUAAAUA